CCUCCCCUCGCCGCAGCCGCUCUGUGCGCGGGCGCAGCCCCGGCUCGCUGGUGCGGGCGGGAAGGCGCUGCCGCAGCAUGGCGGGCGAGGGCGACUCUGAGCCGGGGAAGACUUUUAAACUCCUGGGAUUUCUCGAUGUUAAAAAUGUCCCAUGUGCACGAGAAUCAGUGCUCUAUGGCUCCCUGGGGUCUUUAGUUACGGGUCUUGGACAUUUUUUAGCAACUAGUAGAGUUAGAAGAUCUUGUGAUGUUGCAGUUGGUGGCUUUAUUUGCACAAUGUUAGGAUACUGGUUUUACUGCAGGUACAACUUAGCCCAGCAAAGGAUCCGGCAAAGAAUGAUUCAAGAAGGAAUGAAAAACAGAAUUUUAUAUGAAGGCAGUUAUCUUGAUCCAGAAAAGGAACAAACUGGCAGUGAAAGAAGCGAUUCAUAGGUUCUCUGGAGCAGUUGUGGUUUAAUACAUCACUGGGAAAAGGUGGUCCAAAAGAAAGUUAGUCUACACUGCAAGCUUGUGACAUGUCUAAAAUUGGUAAAUCAUGGUUUUCCUAGCAAAUCUGGGCAGGAAAUUCAUAGUGAAUCUGUUAAGUCUGUACAAGCCUUGCUUUGUUUCAUGUAUGUAUGUAUGUACGUAUGUGACUGCACACAUUUGGAAUGAUGUGCUGUUAAACAUCUGGGAGCUGAUGUGUUCUCUUGCAGGGUCUCAGAGGAUUAAUGACAGUGAUUUGGGACUGCUUUAACUUCCAUUAUAAACAGAGUGUGGUUUGUUUUAGCAAAGUUGUAAUUACAUUUCAUUUAAAUACAGGAAAAUAUUUCCAUCACCUGUUGAGUUAAUGUAUCCUUCAGUGCUAUGAUUAACAGUGCUGUUUUUAAAACAGGAAUAUUUAAGCAGUAUAGGAGGAGGCUUUGCUUGUGCAAGACGGGUGAUAGCAGCAGCCUUUGUAAGAUUUCAUCUGCAGGAUAACCAGAUAGCUUACAUACACUGUGAAGCUGAAGGAUUUCCAUCUUUGUUCUGUUUGAAACUAUGAAUAAAAUCACACUUUAGAGCAGCCUAAACUAUGUAAGUAAUUUUUUACUUCAUUAAAGAUCUUGCUACUUAAGACACUUCUGUACUACUUGUGGAAUAAUAAUCUACAUCAUUUGCAAGUAGUGAUUUUUUUCUUUCAUUUUUUUUUCUUUAAAGGCAUGUUCUACUUAACUGCUGCACUGUACAUUUUUCAGUUAAAAGAAAUAUCACAUAUCACAUGAAAUAAUUUCAAGGAAACCAUCUUAUUUGGAAAUACAGUGUUAGGUUUAAUAGCAUAUUGAUAAAAAGAUGAGUGAUGACUUUGUACUCCUUGCUUGCUUCUGUCUGCACAAGCCACACAAUGUUUUUAGGUUUUUAUAUAAUGAUUUAUGGUCUAUUAUGCUGUAAACACUUUCUGGUCUAAAGGCAUUUCACCAAGCAAAAAUAGUUUUUUUCCCCCACACUGUACUUAGUCUGAGAGAGUUUGUGAUCUGUUGUUAACUCACAUUAGUGCUGAGAGGUUUGGGAAUCCAGAUGUAAACAGCAGUAUUGCUCCACUUAUUUAUUUGGAAAUAUACAUGAGAGCACUAAACAAACAUGCUGUUUACUCUGAGAAAAUUAAACUUCUACCCUCUAUGGAUUGGCCUCUUAUAAGAUGAAAACAAUAUAUACUAUAUACUCUAAUUCCUUUUUGCCCCUCAUGUUUCUUCUGGAGGAAACAAAGAUAAAUUCUACUGAGGACAUUGAUUUCAAUAUUUUUAUAAAAAGUCUUCAGAAGAACUAACGCAAUGAAACACUUCCUGUCCUCACUGCAAAAUCCAAACUGAGAAGUUAAUUGGUAGCUAAUUCAGAAGAGAAAAAUGUUUCCCCAGGUUCUGUAUGGGAUUGGGGGGCCAAGGGGAUGGGAGGCUCCUUCUCCUUGGGAUGGGAGCUGUUGCUUCAUAAAGCCCUUGGAGCAGCAGUGGGAAACUGAGCGAGCCAUGAAGCUGGUCUUAACAAGCUCCUGUUUUAAUACAUGGUUGAGUUCUUUCCUAGCUGACCUAAGAAAAGAAAGUGCAACCUAAGCAGGGGGUCUUUUGGCUGCGAGGUCAGAGGUCAGCUGGGGGCUUUAGGCAACAAAAGCACUGGGAUGAAAAUUUACUCUUUGGCAAAGAGCAGUUGUGGAGAAAGAAUAGUGUUUUGUGCUGAUAGGAAAGAAGUUAGCAUGUGCAUAAUGGCAUCCUUCAAAACACAUAAAUACUGUGACUGGUGAGAAAAUAAAGCAACAUUAUGAUAUUGUGUAAGUCAAAAAAAAAAUGGGGAAAAUUGCAGCAUUAAAUCCUCUGUGGUGUUAAUUUGUGUUGGUAUAUGUUACUGCAUUUAAGCAUAGUAGCCCAAUAGCAGCUUAACUACAGUUGUAGCAAUAACUAUGAAAUGCUAGAUGUAUCUGCAUUGCAUAGAAAACCCACCUAAUCCUUCUGCUUCACUGUGCAGAGUGUAAAAUGAGCGUGCCAGAUGUUCACAGAACAACUAGGGAAGAGGCAAUGUGCAGGAAGCCUGGCCAGCACACUGGAGCUUCAGUGUUUACUAAAACUUUAAGUGGAAUUAACCAAAAGUCGAGGCCUUUGCCUAAUACGGCAGGGAUAUAAGGCAAGGAAGCUGACUCAGUUGGCGUGAAAGGGGGGGGCCUGCAACAGCAGAGGGAAGAAUGCUCAUGGUCAAACAUGCAGGGGAAAAAGUCUGGCAUAAUUGCUUGAAGUGCUGGCUCCAGCUGCUUUUGUGCCAGCUAUGGAGAGUUAAUUGAAAGUGACUGAUGGGUUAUCCCAAUUAAAGAGUGAGAGACAGGAUAAAACAAAAAAUUUCAAAGCUAUUAGUUGUCAUAAAUUAGGUUACAUUGACAAGAAAACAAAAAAUUCUGUUACUUAAGUAAUUCUGAACCAUUUUAAAACAAUGACAUAACUAUUUUUUUAAAUCAGUGAGUUGUAUCCCUAUUUAUCCGUUACUGCUAAGUUCAUAAAUCUUAAGUCAUGGGUGGAAAUACACCUCUGUAUUUUAUUAUUGGACUUGAAAUGUAAAAGUAUUGCAGCUAAUGACAGAUGAUAACGUUUGCUUUGCUUUGCCUAAAUUAAAACUUACCAGACAGUUACUAGGAAGGAAAAGAAAUAGUAAUUUUGAAUAUGUUUGGUUUUUAGCCCCCUCAGAAUAAACCAUAAAAAGGGAGAGAAUGAAGUAUAUCAACUUGAAACUGUAAGUUGCUAAAACCCUAUUUAUUUUACCAACAGUUAUGUUAGUUGGUCACUGAAUGGUGACUGACAAGCAGUUAGUUUUUAUCCGUGAAGUAAGUGAAAUCUUUCCUUACAGCAACUUAAACCACCAGCAAAAUAAAGAGAUGGGUUUAUGGCCCCAUUGCUCCUCCACACCUUUCUCUUCCUGUUCCCUUGCAGUAGCGAUACUCUGGGAAAAGGCGUUUGCAGCCUCCUCCAGCAGGAGCGCACACUUGGGACUCUGGCAGCAGCCAGAGGCCGCUUGUGCAAGGUGUGUCCUCCAGGUCCUUCGGGAAGGGAAGUUGCUGUGGAGGCACCAGGCUGAAACGUGGAGAUCUCUAAGGUUAAUUGCCAGCUCCAUUCCCAGAGCUGCCUGUGAUCAGGUGGCCUCUGCUCUCCGGUGCCUCUCACAGGAGCAAAUGCCCUUCUUCAGCCACUGACAGAUGCAGCAUGCUCAAAACCCGGGAACUUUUCUGAAGGUGAUAGCAGAGGCAAUUAUAGCUGCCAUCCCAAACUUGUUGUUUACCUCUUCUCCCAAGCAGAGAUUUUGGGAGAUGUUGGCCCUCGCUACAUUUUGCAGGCUUCCAGACUUUGUGUCACCGCCCACCCCAAGUCCUCAGGUGCUGCAAAGGAAAGGCCAUCUCCUGUCACUGAGCCUGGCUUUUGGGAGGAUUUUUUAAUUUGGGUCUGCAGGAAGUGCGUUUGUUAUUUCUGGUAUAAGCAAUCCAGGUAACAAUGAAGUUCUGUGUGAAUUCAGCUGUAAUGAGCUCCCAAGCAAAAUAUUUUCUCCAGCUUAGUAGACUAAUUCCCUUUUUUCUCUUGUUCCUAUCCAGACAUUUAGCUCAAGAGCUCAGGGUUACCCAUGAAAAUUGUUUGCUUGCUCCAUUUAACUAUUAAAACAAAUAUGUUGUUCUUGCCUUGGAAAACUGAUCAAAACAAAGUUUUACAGUAUAUUCA